AUGGAGCCUGACCAGCAACCUGACCAUUGGUCCCUGCACGAGAAUGAUGUCAACCUUGAAGACCUCCUCCUAUCCCUGUGGAGGGCCCGCCCAGGCGGUACUGAGAGCGACUGCUAUUGGGACAACUGGGGAUUCACUAUAUACCGUACAGCCUACGGCGGCGACACCAAUCAAGCCUGGCAGACCCUCCUGAAGAAGAUAGAAGACGACGUCGCUGCGGAAUGCGCCUACUACAAAGAGUACCGCGAAGCCCACUCGAGUGUCAAAUUAAAAAACCCGGAGGCGGCUGACAAGUUCAUCUCCCUCUUUAAGAUGGAUCCGCGGAGCAACCCCGAUCUCUUAAAUGACGCUACCAUGGAGCAGGUCCGCGAGAUUUAUCAGAAGGGCGUCGGCGGCCCGCCCAUAGUACACCAGACCCCGCAGUAUCACCUGUUCUUACUUGCUGAUGCCGAGGUCCUGAGCGCUAUCGCCAAAGGCGAAUUCUGGAUGAAGUGCGUCCAGGGAACGUAUAAGGCGGAGGAUCAUUAUGUUAAGGACUAUUCCGGGGUACAGACUAUGAAAUUGGCGUAUCACGGGUAUAUCAAGAUGACCGUGCAAAGCCUCCUCGUGCUCUGGGAUCGCUUGGCGAUUCGGCACUUGGAAGAGCUUAGUCCGACUUAUCUUGAGGAGCCUUUGAGGAUCUGGGAUGGCGACUGGUAG